CACAGAGCCUCCAUUGCUCGCACCCUCGCUCUUUGCGGUUCCUGGUCCCUAACAAUAGAAGAUGGAGGCACAGAAUGGCCUUGUCCAUCCGCGCAAGAGGCGGCGGAGAAGACGCCUUGAUCGGCCUGCGAUUUCGGCGCGACUGCUCCUCGACGACCGCAUCAAUGGCGAGGUUGGAGUGCUGUCCGAGGAUCUGUUCAAUGAUUUAUUCCCCGGAUACAAGAAGACGGCUGGUGUGAACGGAGACGCCCAGGAAUCCGAUCGCGUCCAUCACGUCGCAAUAACCCCAUGGCUCCCCAGCUCCAUCGUCGCUUCUCAGACUGCCCAGUGGACUAUUCUACCCGUACGAGUCGCUGAGAAGACCGAGUCUUCCAGCGUGCGCCCGCAUUCCUCCCUCCAGAUCCCCGCGUCAUCGCUUGCCCUACAGUCCUUCUCGCAGGUGCUUCGUAAUGUCGCUCCGAACAAGACGCAGAGGCGAGACACUCCAAUCGAAGUGCGCAUAUACGAUGUUGUACCUGUGGGAUUGGAUACAGUCUACGUGAACUUGGACACGGAAGCGUUGAGGAAGCUGGAUGAAGUGCAUGCGAAGUUUGGCGGGGGCUUCAUAGCUCAGUCAAAUGGCGCAGCGAGAGGGCCCAAAAACAGAUAUCCCGAAGUAAACGGAGCCACGGGCAGAGCGAGUAGGGUUGAUCACACGGCGCAAGAAGAAACUUGGCGAAAGGCUGUGCGAGAAGCACUACAAUCACCAACGGUCCUCCACAACGGAGACCUACUCCCGCUCCCGCUCCCAGCCCACCCCAUCACCCACGUUCCACCUCCACCAGCAAAGAUCUCAGCGUGUGAACCUGUGUCUCAAGGUCUUCUGUUGCCCAGCACGAGGAUCGUUGUGCUACAGUCGCACCGCAGCUCCAAAACGGCUGUUGUCCUACCACCCGUGAAACCUACUCCAACCACAAACGGCUUCGGAGACGACGACGAGGCUGACGAUACAUCCAACGAUACAUUCUACUCUGCUGCAGAGGAGCGGGGUGAUUCUCGGAAUGCCACCCCGCCAGACGAAGAGUCGACCGACAACCUGGAGUCUGACCUCUCUGAUGCGGGUGACUUGUCUGACGACUCAGAAGAUAUCAUAUCUCUGGCUGCGCCUAUGCUGCCACCUCAGUCCUCAGGUGUACUUUCUUCUUUUACCUCGGCGACUCCAAGACCAGGAAACUACCGCACAAAUGGCAUCGCGACCCCUGGAUCAGUAUAUUCUAGUUUCACGGCUACGACUGCUCGUGGGCCCUCCAACAAAAGUAAAGUUUUCAAAGCGCAAGGACUAUUACAAAGUAUCCCGGACGAUCUAGUACACCCAAAACCCGGAGGGGAAGAUGACGAAGAAGCUCGAGUGUUCGUUGACACAAACACCCUGGUCAAGGUAGGCUGCUUCUCUGGUGAUUGGGUAAAGGUCGAGGCCACCGAAGAGCCCUCCUCACAUCCUCUUUGGGGGCUCGGAGCAUUCGGUGGAGCGGACGAGGAAGACGACUUUAACUGGCGUCCCGUCAGGGUGUUUGGUCUUCCGGAGAACAUGUCAAAAAAGAUCGCGCGAUACCCGGUCCACAAGAGCUCUGGUUUCGAUCGACGAAACAGCAUCUCAGGCUUUUCGCCAGCGAGUACUUCAUUACAAGCAUACCUUUCACCUAUCCUGCUGGCGAACCUAGGCAGUCCGUCGCAUCUCCGCAUCACUCCGCUAGCCCCCCAUCAGUCAUCACAUCUGCCACGGAGUGCUCUUCAGAAGCCUCGUUUGACCAGCUCUUCAUUGCCUCCCUCUGCAAAGGAAGUCACGCUUCUAAAAGUAUCCACACCUCUUUCGUCUGAUCGUCUGCUACAACCUAGCUUAUUCGCAGCCUUGAAGGAACACUUCGAGCAGAAGCGACGAAUUGUGAAGAGUGGUGAUCUUAUUGGUGUCUCGAUUGACGAGUCGCUCGGUCGGGCCGUGUUCCAACCCACUACGGAAGAGGAUAUUGGCAACGAUGAACUGUUGGCCAGAACCAAGAAAGGUGCUAAUGAUGAAAGUACGAGUGCGAACAGCCGUAGUCCAAAGGUAGUGUCCUGGUUCAAGAUUGGCAACGUCUCAAGCUCAUCGCAUGCACCUCGCGAGGGGGAAGAUGGGGAUGUAUGGGGUGGUGCUGUCACCGUGGACGCCGCCAGUACGAAGAUGGAGAUGAACGGAAGCGAACAAGGCAAAACGCCUGCUCCGAUCAACAAUGCAUGGCAAUACUACUUGGGUGCCAAACGAACACCAGUCUUAAACUCUCAAAAGACGAUGGUACUGGAUGAGCUCCCCAAACCUUACAUAUCAUCGCUUCGCAGGCGGCUACGGGAACUCAUGUCUGUUGCUACCAGCCCCAGAGCGAUUCAUUUAGGAUUGCCGCCGAUUGCGGUUCUGAUCACGUCGACUCAGCGCGGCAUUGGCAAGUCUACUGUUGCCACCAAAGCUUGCGAGGACCUUGGUCUACACACGUUCUACAUAGAUGCUUUCGAUAUCAUCACAGAAGGUGGUGCAGGAGGUGGCGACGUGAAGACUGAGGGAUUUUUGAAAGCCAGGGCAGAGCGAGCAUUGACCUGCGGCGCUCAGUUCACUGCGUUGCUCAUCAAACACGUUGAUGCACUCAACGCUGACCGAAUGAACACAGCAUUGAAAGAGAUAUUGGCGGACUCUCGCGUACUGAUUGCGACAACGACGGAGAUUGACAAGGUUCCCGAGGGUAUUCGCGGGCUGUUCACACAUGAGAUCGAGAUGAUGGCACCUGAUGAGGGCGAAAGAGAAGGUAUAUUGCGCAGCAUCAUCGAAGAUGCCGGCAUCAGGUUGUCUCCCGAGGCUGACCUGGGUAAUGUCGCCGUCAAGACUGCAGCCCUCGUUGCAGGUGAUCUAGUAGAUGUGGUUGACCGUGCCCUUGUUGCGAAGAGUAAUCGUCUCGAAGCGCUUGCAGCAUCUGCAUCCAAGGCUUCGGAAUCAUCAGAGACAGUCACGACUAGGGAUAUCGAGCUUGCGGGAGGUCACUUCAGUAACAGCUUGACCAAAACUGACCUAGAUGGCGCCGUCGAUGCAGCGCGCAAGAACUUCGCUGACGCAAUUGGAGCGCCGAAAAUUCCGAACGUUGGCUGGUCGGAUGUCGGUGGUCUCACGCACGUCAAAGAUGCGGUCAUGGAGACCAUUCAGCUACCACUGUCUCGGCCUGAGCUCUUUGCAAAGGGCAUGAAGAAGCGCAGCGGUAUCCUGUUCUAUGGACCUCCAGGAACAGGAAAAACGCUUCUUGCAAAGGCUAUUGCAACGGAGUUCUCGCUCAACUUUUUCAGUGUCAAGGGCCCCGAGCUGCUCAAUAUGUACAUUGGUGAAUCUGAAGCCAACGUGCGGCGUGUCUUCCAGAGGGCUCGCGACGCUCGACCUUGCGUCGUGUUCUUUGACGAACUGGACUCCGUCGCACCUAAGCGUGGCAAUCAAGGUGACAGCGGCGGUGUCAUGGAUCGAAUUGUCAGUCAAUUGCUUGCUGAACUUGAUGGUAUGAGCGAUGGAGGAGAGGGUGUGUUCGUCAUCGGUGCAACCAAUCGACCAGAUCUGCUGGAUCAAGCGUUGCUACGACCUGGCCGCUUCGAUAAGAUGUUGUACCUAGGUGUUUCAGACACGCACGAAAAGCAGCAGACCAUCCUUGAGGCCUUGACGAGAAAGUUUACACUACACCCGGAUCUCUCUCUUCAAAGAGUGUCGCAAGGCCUACCUUUCACAUACACCGGUGCCGACAUGUACGCUCUCUGCUCUGACGCCAUGCUCAAAGCCAUUACGCGACAAGCGCGAGCCGUUGACGAGAAAGUCAAGGCGUACAAUAAGACACACACACCAACCAUCACCAUCGCUUAUUACUUUGACCACUUGGCCACAGAAGAGGAUACUGCAGUUAUGGUCACAGAAGAAGACUUUGUGGAGGCGCACAGGGAGCUCGUGCCCAGUGUUAGCGCUGAUGAGCUGCGACAUUACGAAGGCGUCCGCAAGGCGUUUGAAGGCACAGGCAAGAAGGAGGACGAGAAGAAGAAACAAACACUGUCGAUAGAGAAUUCAGGGCCCGUGCAGGAUUUGAAGGGCAAGGGCAAAGCUAAAGCACCCGUCGAGGACGAGGCGGACAUGGUAGUUCACACUCAGAACCUCAACUUGAAUGGACCAGCUUCUAGCAGCAGUGGAAGUAGUGGCAAAGGAAAGGGAAAAGCACCCGUUGCCAACCAUGGAGGUAAAAGCAGUGUUGAUAUCGCCGAGGGAGGAUUUGGCGAUGCGACACAGGACGACGAUUUGUAUUCUUAAUCUUGUUGCCUUUAAAGGACAUAAUUGGAGAGUGGUAUCAUGUCAGACAUUCUAUCUGCAUGGACGGUUCACAUAAUAUUAAAUAUUUUCCCUG